GCAGAAACAAUAAAAGAACGUCAAGUAGAAGCAACACGACGAUUACGACGAGUGCUGAUAGCUCCGCUGUUUUGCAGUACGGUAUUUCGUGGAGUUGAAAUUUCGCCCUUUUGCGACCGUUUCCUAUCGUGUGUUACGCCGUAGAAACGCACUCCGGUCAAGGUCUGUGCCGUUCCGGCCUACUGCGGUGAAAUCCGAGUCCCCACCAAAAUUGCGCCUCCUGCGAUCGUGUUCGAACAGGAAUUUCCAGCUUCCGGAAGUUUACCGUCGCGAGAAUUCGCCGUCGAGCCCUGAACCUGACGACGGAACUGGCCUCCGUGGGGGAGAUUUCGGAAAAUUUGGCCGCCGUGGAGGGAAAGUAGGUUUGUGACAACGACGUCGAAAAAAAAAACUUUCCAAAAAAGAACGGGAAAGUGCUUGUGUGUGUGUGCGUGACCAAGAGAGAGGGAGAGAGUGAGACUGUUUGCGCGAGAAGCGUCCAUCGGGUGGUGGGUGGUGUUUUGGGCGGAGUGAGAAAGAGGGAGGCAAAGAGGAGAGACUCAUCUUGAAGCAAAGCAAAACAACAGCAGUUUGAAGCAGUAGCGGCUAAAAGGAUCUCGACUGCUCGAUCUCCCCGCACCCUUUUCAACGCAGUGGCUCCCAAACGCUCCCGCAAACCAUGGACGACGAAGAGCUCGUCGCGGCACAAGACCAUCCGCAGCAUCAGCAGCAGCACCCGCGCGUGAUCAUCCACAUCGACAUGGACUAUUACUACGCCCAGGUCGAGGAGGUACUGGAUCCGUCCUUGAAGGACAAACCGGUCGGCAUCAAGCAGCGCUUCCACGUGGUCACGUCGAACUACGUGGCGCGCGAGUUUGGCAUCAAGAAGAUGACGCUGAUUACGGAGGCGCGCAAGUUGUGUCCGGAGCUGGUGCUGGUCGACGGAGAGGACAUCAGCAAGUACAAGCAGAUGUCGGCACGGAUCAACGAGAUUAUGCACAAGUUUAGCGGGAAUGUGGAGAAGCUGGGGCUGGACGAGAACUAUUUGGAUGUAACGAAGGAGAUUAGCGAGCAGCUGGAGCAGGGUGUGGAGGCGGGGUUGUUGGACCGGGUUGAGGGUUACGUGUAUCCGCCGUUGGAGGGUUGUUCCGAGAGGGAGGCGUUUCGGAGGGCUUGCGGUUGUGGCUGUGAUCGGCGGUUGAUUUUGGGCACGCACAUGGCGAAGGAGAUUCGAGACUGCAGCGAGGAGCUGGGGUUGAAGUGUUGCGCGGGGGUUGCGCACAAUAAGCUGCUGGCGAAGUUGGUCGGGAGUGUGAACAAGCAGAACAAACAGACGGUGCUGCUGCCGAAUUGUGGGUCGAGUUUUUUGGCAUCGCUGGGGUCGGUAAAGGCGCUGACGGGGAUUGGGGAGAAGACGGCGGAGAUUUUGGAGGAGGUUGGUGUGAAGACGGUGCGGGAUCUGCAGGAGACGUCGGUGGAGAAGCUAGCGAAGCGGUUGGGACUGGAGCAGGCUGGUCGGUUGAAGGAAAUUGCCUUUGGAAAGGACGAUACGCCGGUUAAGGCGACGGGAACAAAGUCCGUUGGUUUGGAAGAUUCCUGCCCGGCGAUCUCGAUCCGGGCGGACGCCGAGGACAAGUUCCGACACUUGAUAGUGCGACUGGUGAAGAACAUCGCCGAAGACGGUCGGAUUCCGAUCGCGAUCAAGGUCACCAUCCGGAAGCAUGACUCCGUCCGAAGAACGAGCCACCGCGAGUGCAAACAGGACAAAAUCAUGCCGUCGUUCUUUCGCCACAAGGACGGCAAACUGGUGCUGGCCGACGGAGCCCAGGACAAAAUCCUCGCCAUCGUGAUGAAGCUGUUCGAGCGGAUGGUCGACCUGCAGCAGCCCUUCAACAUCACUCUACUCGGGCUGUCCUUCUUCAAGUUCCAAGAGCGCCGAAUGGGCACCAAAUCCAUCGCCAACUUCCUCAUCAAAAAGUCCGACAUCGAGGUGCAGUCCAUCACCAACCUGAGCAACGAAUCCAUCACCCUCAGCGACAGCUUCACCUCCAACAAAUCGUCUCUCUCGAUGUCCACCGCGAUGGACUGCGACUCUGCCUCGCUCGCGUCCCUCUCCGGUUCCGAGUCGGACGCGGAGCCGUCCCCGAAAAAGUGCCGCCGCCUGGCCACCUUCCUCGCGCGCAAAAGUGGCCUCCUCUCGGCCAACGAAGACGAUUCGUCCUCGCCGAGCAAACUGCGCGUCGCAGACCUGCGGCUCAACUCGAAAGAGUACGACCAGGAACCCUGCAGCAGCAGCCACAACAACCCCGCAGACAUUCCAUCCACCUCCAAAUCGCCCAGCUUCUUCAAGAACCACCUCUCGUCGUCCACGCCGGCCAAAGUGUCGCCGCUGACGUUGGAGCCGACGUCCACCGCCACCAAUCUGCCUUCAAACGUUGACCCAGAAGUGUUUAACGCGCUGCCGCCGGACGUCCAGCAGGAGCUGCUGCAAAACUGGCGAAUAGCAGCGACGCCAACGAGUAGCAGUAGCAACGCCGCGGCAGCGGCAACAACAGCCGCAAGCAGCAGUUCGAAAAGCAACACACUCCAUCGGUACUUUGUUAAGAAUACUUAGCGCGCGCUGCUCUCUUUUUAAGAAAAAACAUAACUCAUGAAAUCAUCAAAUCGAUAUAUCAUUUAAAAAGACGAUUUUUUUUUGUUUGUUAUACCUGCGAUUAACCCCAGCUCAUUCAUAACCCAUUACGUUUGACACUGUGUAAAUACUGUUUUUUGUUUCUUUCUUUAUAAAUUAUUAUCACGUUUCGUUUUGCCCAAGUUUUUCUUUAGUACCUUCCAAAUUUUAUACAAAGCCAACAAACGAGUGGUUGAAAGAAAAAGUUUUAAAAAUGGCUGCUGAAAAAGACACAUUCUAACUUGUAAAAGUGCUGCAAAGAAAACCUUUUACAACACGAUUCUUACACAAAUAUUGUGCGCAUUACUACCCAUUUUUACGAAUAAUUUCAAAAUAAACUAUGAGGCGAACGCGCGUGUGGACUUCAAAAGGCCGCCGUGAGUUGGUCGAGUUUUCUUUACAAAUCGAA